AUGGCUUCUCCUUCUCAGGACUUCCCUCCACUUCCCAACUCCUCGGUCCUUGGCCUCCCCCCCUCUGGUCUCUCCUAUGCUGAUAACGUCUCAGCUCCUGCCUCCAAACCUAAUACUUUUCCAGUCUCCUUCUUUUCCCCCGGCCAGAAAAAGCUUUCUUUUAAUGUGAAUGACCUUUCCGAGGGAAAGUCUAUCUGGAACAACGCUCUCAUCGGAUACUCCCUUGGCCCUCGUCCGUAUUAUGAGCGGCUUCUCAAAGCCAUGCAGAAGCUCUGGCCUCUCAAAGGAUCCAUGUCCCUGCUCUCGAUGGCAGAUGGUUUUUUUCUGCUGAAGUUUUCUACCUCUGAAGAUCUAGAGUCCAUUUUGUCGGGUGGCCCUUGGUUCCUUCUAGGGAAACCUUUUAUUCUGCAACGAUGGUCUCCGAAAUUCAAACCAAAGCGCGAUGAAGCUGCGCCUAUUCCGCUUUGGAUCAAAAUUGUUGAUUUCCCUCUUGCCCUCUGGACUCCGACGGGCAUCUCUCGCAUCGCCAGUUACAUAGGCAUCCCGGUCUCGGUUGACGCCCUCACCGCAAAUCGUACCAGGUUGACAUUUGCCCGGGUAUGUGUUUUAAUUUCAAAAGAUUCUGUUUUACAUGAUGAAAUCCCAAUUGAGAUUGAUGGGGAAGACUUGGUUCUUCCUGUUAUAUACGACUGGAAACCAGAUCGCUGUGAAGGUUGCGGAUCUUUGAUACAUCCUUUCUCCCUUUGCCCCAAAAACCCCAAUCCUCAGCAUAUCCUUCCCCCCCAGCCCCCUAAAAACCGUGGCCGUAGCUCCUCCAGGCGCAGAACUUCCCAACCUCGCCGAUCCCCCUCUACUAAGCCUUCUUCUAAGCCUCCUACUAACUCCCCUGCCACGAUUGGUCCCCCUUCCAAUUCAACGGCUCUUCCGCCCAUCCUGCGCCCAAAACAGGACGUCGUUCCUCCUCCUAUCACAGACCCUGUUCCCCUUCCAGAUAAGCCUUCUUCUCUUCCUAAUUUGAAUUCCCCCACUGAAGUCUCUUCCUCCUCAGAUAUUCCUACUCCUUUAUGUCUUCUCAACACCCCAAAAUUACCUCUUGUUAACAAGUUCGCCUCACUCCAGUCUGGUGAUGGUGACCUUGCUAAUGCUGCUGAUUGCUUAUCUGAAAAUGACUCCUCGACUAUUCCUACCAAUGAAAAGGAUUCCCCGGACUCCUUUGACACUACCUCUACCUCCACGGACAAAAAGUCAAAACCCGACAAAGGAAAAUCCCCAGCCAAGGCAAAGCCUCCCAAAGGGAAAUCGGCCAAGAAGGCCAAAGCCACGAAAUUCUAA